AAUGAUUUGAAGUAUCAGCAGAACUGGCUCCCUAUGAACACAAAGAAGUAUCGGGCUGACUAAGAGCAGAGUUUUCAAAAGGAAUUAUAAUACCAUUAUUGAUAGAGUCUCUCAAUCUCCAAUGGUUAACCUCAAUAUCCUUGGCUGAAUUUCAAUAUUUGAUUACAUGGCCGCAACUCAAGGCCUUUCUGCAGGGACAACGCUUCUUCUGAUGGGAAGUGGACUCAGGCUCUCUCAUAAUCUAGUCCAGGUUAUUUGUAAAAGAGUCCUUCCACAAACAUUUGCUACAGAUACAAGAAAGAAAUUGUUUCUUAACGAUCUGGAAUAUGAUUCUGAAAGAUAUCUCUGGAGUAGACAAAAGUUGCAGUACUUCAGGAAGUAUUAUACUCCUUCACAUCUGCUUUCCUGAGGGAUUCAUGCUUAUUCUACAAUUAUAUUAUUCAAAGCCGUGAAUCGGAUGUGAAAGUACAACCAUUAUUACCCUGAAUUACUCAGCUCAGGAGUUUUGGGACAAGGAAUAAUGAAUCUCUCUACUGUUGAUCCUACCUGGAUCUUGCCUUCGUGAGUUGCAAUUCUGAACUUCAUGGUAAUUAGAAAUCUACAGCAUCCAUUUUGAGUAAAUUAUGCACGAAAAUUCUCAAAUUUAUCUAAACUAACACAAUGUGCAAUUGUGAGCUCGAUAUGUGUGGCACUUCCUAAAGCAUAUCUAGUAACUUGGAUUGGGUAUAUCACUACUCACCUCGCUGUGAGGUCUCUGAGCAGGUUGAGGAUGCCUAAAUAG